AUGUGGUCCCAAACCCGCCUCCCUCCCCACCCUGCGAUGUCAGAAAAAACACGACAGGACAAAUUGGCUGCAGCCAAGAAAAAGUUAAAACAGUAUCAGCAGAGGAACAGCCCUGGUGUUCUGACAGGAGUGAAGACAAAGAAGAAAAAAACUGGAAGUAGCCCUGAGACAACCACUUCUGGUAGUUGCCACUCACCUGAGGAUAGCUGGUAUCAAGAACUAGCAGUAGCCCUGGACUCAAACUCCACGACAAUCAAUCACCUUAAUGAAAACAUAGAAUCAUUGAAACAACAGAAGAAACAAGUGGAACAUCAGCUGGAAGAAGAAAAGAAAGCAAACAAUGAAAUACACAAAGCACAAAUGGAGCAGUUAUAGACAAUCAACAUCCUCAUGUUGGACAUGCUGGAAAAGGCAGACUUGAAGACCACCCUUUACCAUACUAAACGUGCUGCCAGACACUUCGAAGAAGAGUCCAAGGAUCUGGCCAGCCGCCUGCAAUACUCCUUGCAGCGUACUCAAGAAUUGGAGCGAGCUCUCUCUGCUGUGUCUACACAGCAGCAAGAAGAGGACAGGUCCUCAAGCCACAGUGAAGCAGUCCUCCAGCAGCAGUUACAGCAGUCCACAAAGGAGCAGGCGCUGCUGAACACACACGUGACACAGAUGACAGAGUCACUGAAGCAAGUCCAGCUAGAGAGAGGUGAAUAUGCUCAACAUAUAAAAGGAGAGAGGGCCCGGUGGCAGGAGAGGAUGUGGAAAAUGUCGGUGGAGGCUCACGCAUUGAAGGAGGAGAAGAAGCGUGACAUACAUCGGAUACAGGAGCUGGAGAGGAGCUUGUCCGAACUCCAACCCCACAUGGCUGAGCCCCCAUCCCCAGCGCCCCCAGCAGGGCCCUCUGAGGUGGAGCAGCUACAAGAUGAGGCCAAACACCUGAGGAAGGAGGUGGAGAGUUUGGUGGGAAAACUCCAAUCCCAGGUGGAAAACAAUCAGGCCUUGAGUCUCCUGAGCAAGGAGCAAAAGGAGAGGCUUCAGGAGCAGGAGAAGAGGCUCCAGGAGCAGGAGGAGAGGAGUCUUAGGGAGCAGGAGAGGCUGUGUGAGCAAAAGGAGAGGCUUCAGGAGCAGGGUGAGAGGCUGCGAAAGCAGGAGGAGAGGCUGCGAAAGCAGGAGGAGAGACUGCGAAAGGAGGAGGAGAGGCUGCAAAAGCAGGAGAAGAGGCUGUGGGAUCAGGAGGAGAGGCUGUGGGAGAAGGAGGAGAGGCUACGAAAGCAGGAGGAGAGGCUGCGAAUGCAGGAGGAGAGGCUCACACUCUCCCAGAACCAAAAGCUCGACAAGCAGCUGGCCGAGCCACAGUGCGGCUUCAAAGAUCUGAACAACGAGAACAAGAGCGCUCUGCAGUUGGAGCAGCAAGUAAAGGAGCUGCAGGAGAAGCUGAGUGAGGAGCACCUAGAAGCAGCCAGCCAGCAGAAUCAACAGCCAGAGGCCCAGUUGAGCCUCAUGGCUAUCCCUGGAGAAGGAGAUGAAGGAGGACAUCUGGACGGUGAGGAGGAGGAGGCGCUUCAGCUCAUGCCAAGCAUCCCAAAGGACCCGGAGAGCCAGGAGGCCAUGAGCGGCUUUAUGGACCUCCCGAAGGAGAAGGCGGACGGGAAGCAGCAGGUGGAAAAACUAGAGCUUGGAUUCAUCCAGCUCUCUGGAGCAAGAGAGGGCAUGAGAGAGUACAUCACCAUACGUGAGAGCCAUGGGGCAGUGCCAAACACACGGCACCAGAAGGAGGACAUCAUCAGGCUGGCCCAGGAGGAGGAGGAGGAGAUGAAGGUGAAGCUGCUGGAACUGCAGGAUCUGGUGUUGCCACUUGUCGACGACCACAAGGGGCAUGACAAAUUCCUCCCCACUGCCCGGAACCCUGCUGAUGAGCCCGCUCCAGGGUCCCCAGGCCCCCAGGAGCUUGGGGCUGCGGAGGAGCAGGGUGAUCUUUGUGAGGUGAGCCUGGCCGACAGCGUGGAGCCUGCACCGGGAGAGGCCAGGGAGGGUUCUCCCCGUGGCAACCCCACCGCACAGAAGAUCGUGCAGCUGCUUCCCGUAAGGCAGGACACCCAGGAGCACCCAGGCUUGGCCAGCAAACCCUGCAUCCCAUUCUUUUACCGGGCAGCAGAGAACAGGGAGAUAAACAUCAUCAUCAUCUGAGAGCUGGUCAAGAAAUUUAAAAACAACAACAACGACAUGUUAUGUGGUUAAUCUCCUACACAAUUCAUUUACUUCACUUGAAUGUUAGAGCCACUCAUGUUUGUUUGUGUUUCUAUUUUGAGUUUAAAUUUAUUUAUAAAAAGUUAAGGGAGAGGGAUCUUUCCCUGAUGUUCACUCUGGCAUCCUUUAGCAUUUUCGUUUUUUUAUCUGAUAAUUGUAGGUUAUUAGCAUGCAUAUCGAGUUUGCCCUUACGUGGUGGGAGUUCAAACACACAAAGACCCACUAUGUGCACAAAACUAUUCUUGCUGGUUUGGAAUAGGCCGCCAUGCUUUUUAAAUGUCAUUGCAGCGUGUAUAUUCAUUACAGAAUUCAGAUAAAAUCUGCUUAUGUUCUGCUAUGAUGUUUGAUCGAAUCCUAAUCACAGUGAGCUCUUCAUUAGCUCAAUAUGUGGUUUGCCCUCAAGUGCGCACUGUUUCUUACUUUGUAAUAUGCCACUGUGAGUACUGACAUUUAGAGUUGUUUAAAGGCCGAGAACUGGAAACAGCUUUUCCCUGUUUUCUGUGUAUUGGGGAUGGGAGUGAUAACAUUUUGGGGAGCUUUUUAAAUCUCACAGAAGAGGGAAGUGGCCUGCGCUGGCAGGUGUGUGCAGGAUAGAGUGUGUUUCAUUUGUUCUGGUGCCAAGAAUGAGCGCCGUACUAUGGUAGUUCCCUUAGGAUUUGUAUGUGCUCUGGGCUCAUGAAGAUAUUGCAUCAUGAGCUGCAGCAGUUGGACUCUUUCUCAGUGACCUAAAAGGGUUAUUUCUGAAGAAUGAAGGGCUCCCAUCAUUGACUGUGGAAGUGGAAACUCUUUUCUAGCUUAGAGCCUUCAUAUCCACAAUACAUUUUAAUGUCAGAGUUCAUGUUACCUGUUUUAAUCACGUGACGACGUGUCCCAGUACACAAAAGGGCACUGGUUGACAUUCUUCUUAAUGUAUUUAGUGAGGAUCAUAAGAAAUCCUUUCAGAGUUUAAAUGUCCCUGGGACAGGCAUACAGGCUCUAGUCAAGAAUGAAUUCUAGUGAAGGAAAGCUGUGUGACACCUGGCAUGCCUCUAUGUUCACGGAGCUUCUUUGAGCCUAGAAGAUUGAUUUUACCAUCUAGACCUCUCUGGCUAAUACCUAUUCUUCAGCCACAUUGGUUAAUCUGACACAGGAAUUUGCUUCUUUUCUUUGAAUGAAAAACACUUUGAAAAUAAUAACAACCAUUAUUAUAAACCAAUAUAUGUGGGAGUAUUAGUUGAAACCAAAAGGAGAUUUAGUAGACAGUAUUAUACUGCAUUUGAAAAUCAAGGGGAAGUUUAUGCAACUUAAAAUGUUUACAAGCUGCAGUCAAUCUACUGUUUGUGAAGGUCAAAGUAUUAUGAGGAAAAGUGUCUAUACAAUCACAGUUAUGUUUCCUCACAGAGUUCUUUACAAAGAGUGAACUAUGUUUUUAUACCUCUUGGUUUCAGUUAGAGGCAUAUUUUGUGCCAUAUUUAUGUUAAUGUGUCUGUACAUGAUGAAUGAAUUAUUUCAGUCAUACAUUGCCUAAAUCAUAACUUUAUGAUGCUUGGGAAAGAAUCAAUAGCUACAACUUCAUGAAGUUCUAAUGUCUGUGUUCCAAAAUAUGUCACUUUAUUAGGAUGUAGGGAGAGAUGUAUGUGCGCUCCCUGGGGUGGGCAUUUCUAGUCACUAGACCAUCUCCAUUUUUAGCAUUUGGCAUCCUCAUGAUACUUUUAUACAUAUGACAUUAAUAGGACAGCAAUAAUAUGAUUUUACAGAUGGAAUAACAGAUUUGCCUGCAUUCACUGAAAGCGUGCAAAUAUUUAGUCCUUGUGACUUCAACUGACUCUUCUAUUUUAGAGCCUUGGGCUAGAAAUCAAACCACUGUUAAUUAGCCCCCUUGUUUGGUCUAACAGUUUUUCUUUAUAAUGCUGAAACUGGGUUUAUCUGAUACACUGAUAAAUUAUUUCAAAAGUAUUUUUAUAGUUCAAAUCACUUCACUUUUACCCUGAUAAAUAUAAAUGACUAGGAAUGACCUUCAGAUCGCGUUUAGCAUCUGUAACCAAUCUGACAAUAAUGUGUUCAUCAGGUACCUAUGGAUGAAAUCACACACUAGCAUGUUUAAGCUGAAUGUCAGUCUGGAAAAGAAAUGUACUGUAUUAACUGAAAUACCACUCUUUGUGUAGAUAUUUUGUAAUUUUUUAAAAAAGCUAAAAAGAAUAGAAAUUGUAUGAUAAUAACUUAAGUUUUUCUUCAAAGUGCACGCAGUCUUUUGCAAUACCUCAUUCAGCCAAGUAUUUGGUCUCUUCCUCAUUCAGUAUAAGGCAGCUUUCAAUUUGCUGAGAAGGCAGCAUUAGAAGGUUAGAGUUUAUCAGAAACAUAGAACUUUAAAGUGUGAGUUCAACUGAAUAAAUUUGAAUUUCUGUAGGAAGUAAAGAAUUAAAACACCUAUUUAAAGAUUGCAAUAUAUAAUCAUUUUUAAAGUAUUUGAUUAAACCUGAUAGGUUUUCCAGAAAUGAAAAAAAAUCAGUUCUAAAACCAAAGCUGAUAUUUAGAAGAUGUGAAAAUGUAAGUCAGCCCUAUUCAUAAUAGAGUUUCUCUAAAACUUUAUCUUAAAGAGUCACUUUAAAAGACUAAAACUAUUCAAAAAUGUAACUACUAUGUUAAUGUUCGGAAAUAAGUUAAAACAUUUUAAAACAUGAAUACUGUAGUUUAAAAGAAAGAAACUGGGGAAAGGAAAAGUAGAGAAAGAAAUGUCAAUUCCAAUGCAAAGCUUUAUCUGCCAAGUUUUCUUAGAAUGACUUUUGCCAAUUUAUGAAUUCCUGUAAACAGAAUGUAUAAUGGAAAUACGGAAACCCUGUUGCCUAAAGUCACGUUAUUGACUGCUACUGUGAUGCUACUGUAAUGUAAUAAAUUAGGAAAUUGUUGCAAAGUGCU